GUGGUCGAGUUCUGCUGCUGCCGCUGAUGCCGGCGUCGCUCGACGCAGCCGUCGUCAGCGACUUCUUCGUGCGUCGUGCUGCAGAGGAGCCAGUUCAGUAGCUUGUUCAUGUUCGGUCUGCGGUGUCCGGGCCCUCUGAAUGGCGUUGGCCUCCUCUCCACAGGCCGGCGUCAACCGGCGUAACUGGGUUGACGUUGCCGCUGGGUUAACUCUCAACGCCGGUCCCCCAUCUUCAUCAUCGCCGCGUGUCUGCGUCGGCUUUCGUCCGCUUUAGCGCUGUCAGCGCGCAAGGGGCGGCGUAUUUAGAGCCACCGGGCCUCACCUUGACACUCAGUUGGCGUUGAGCUAUCGAUCGUGCACUGUCGUGAACAGUUUCGUUUCUAUAUUUCGUGCUACUUGGAGUAUCACUACCACGAGUGGUUGCACUUAACCUGAAUCGUCGCGACCGCGCACCUGCACCACUACAAAUCUUAAGCAAUGAAGGCUUUCGCCCUUAGCGUGGUUCUGGGGGCGGCCCUUGUGGCAGCCCAGAAUCAUCAGGUCGUAUAUGACCCCAGUCUCUACCAGGCGGCUAAUGUCAACCGACAGGGUGCAGGUGGUUUCCUGUCAAUGCUCGGUUCGGGAGCUUCGGGUCUCAUGAACACAAUCGCUGCCAGUUUACCAAACAUGCUCACGAAUGCUUUGCCAGCACUCGCUGUGCUUGGUUUAGGCGGGCUGCUGCUUCCUCUGCUCGGAGUAUCACUCUUCCUUCGAGAAGGUCAGAAGAGGACUUUCUCCCUGCCGACAAUUAAUCCGGCCAUUCUAGAAGGUAUUGCUGACGUUCUUGACCGCGUCUCAAAGGCCAUCGAGCAGGGCGAGAAAAAAUAUGGCAAGAACUAAUGGAUUUCAGAAGCCUCACAAUAACAGUCAUAUAUAGAAAUAAAGUACCAACCAAGUGAGUACACCAAACCGGUACAACCCUGCCAAACAUAGAAAACAUCUUUCUCGGCCUGACGCUUGCUGAUGCGGAAUGUUGCUAAGUACAAUUAAAGCCAACGAAGCAGCCCUGAGAUAUUACUGAGACUUACUGCAAGAUUUUGUUUUGCUGCGAGACUAUGUCCCAUUCAUUGCCAUAUUAGAUGUCAUGUCCAUCAUCGACCCACAACAAAAAUGAAACAUAAUUACAUUUAAACAUCCACUUUAGCCAAACGUUAUCUAAACCUGCCUGUGUGAUAACCCUUAAUCCAGACACUGCGUUCUCCUCGACCACGUUAUUUUCCUCGUACUCAAAAUUAUCACGUUUCUUCUCCUAUAUAACUAAUAGCAAUGAAUCGCCUCUAUGUUUUUGUGUAUUAAAGACACACGGGAAAAUACAGCAACGUACUUCGUUGCGUGUCAGACUUAUCUCAUCGUAGAAUAUCUUAUUAUUCGUUUUUUUUUCAGUUGGACUCCCUGGGACUCGUUUAGCUCGUUUUAUCAAUUUGCAUUUUUCUAAUACAAACCGACGCAUACCCAAAGCUGUUCAGUGUUCUCAAACUUUUCUGUCUCACCCGCGCGCCUUUACCGCUGCCUUCAAGGCAGGAGAAAGCUUAUCUACUAGUUCAUCAAAUCACUGAUUUCCUUCUUACUCGUCCAUUCUUUACGCCAUCAUAGCUUCCGUUUUAGAUUCUACGCUCGCGCAUCUCAUCACUUAUUUAUUGACCUCCGCUCAACUCCAAGAUGUUUAUUUAUUAUUAUGUAAGCUAAUGUAAAAAUAUGAAUAAAUCAAUCGAAUGAACCAUGA